AUGUCAGACAAAGCUAGCUUUUUCGAGCAGCUCUAUGCCUUGAAUCAAUCAGAUUCAGAUGAUGGAAUGCCUAAUGAAUCACGAGAGUUUUGGAAAAAAUGCAAUAAACCAAUACUGGAUGCUCCUUCGCAAAAAGUGCAAAGUUUGCUACCUCCCCGGUCUAAGGAAUUCAAUACACUGCCACCUCGAAAGGUGUAUAAACCACUUCUCAAAAAUGUUCCUUCGUUACAGCGAAGUCAAUCUGAGCCACAGGGGAAUGUGACUAAGGCUAAGAAUAUGGUGAAUGGUACUGCUACUGCAGAAUUGUCAAUAGAGUCACCUCGUAAACGGUCAGGUCUUCGAAGCGAAUCGCGUGCUACGGUUUCUGCUAGUAGUUCUUUUGAGAAAGAGAUUUCAUCUUCUAUAAGAAGUGCGGAUGGUUCAACCAAAAGACCAACCAUAGAUCAAUGCAGCAUAUCAAACCCAACACCAGCUAAAUUGGUUCUUACUAACAGCACGGGAAUAGCAUCAAUGCUUAGCAAAAAGAGAAAGGGAGAAACCCUGAAUAAGGGGACGGCCAAAAAGGCCACCGGAAAGAAGGAGAAACCCCUCAAGCUUGUACCUCCAAAAGAUAGGGUCUUCGAAGGACUCAAGUUUUUCUUUCUUCCUAAUGAUGAUAAGUCACCUGUUAGACGUGCUCGUAUUACCAAGGCAAGAGAGCGCGGCGCAACAUGGGUUAGAGAUAUCAACGAGCCCAUCAACUAUUUGAUCAUCGACAGAUCAUUAACACGAAAAGAUGUUAUUACCUACCUCAAAGUUCUACCGGUAGGAGCCAGCAUGGUAAAUGAAGAGUGGUUAUUGGACUGCAUCGAGCAGAAAUAUCUCUAUGAUCCAUCUGGGAAGAAAUAUUUGGUCAAAGAUCCAGGUGCAGUCAUUGAAAAGGAACAAAUAUUGGUACCAUCAGAGUCACAACAGUCGGACAAAUCACUACAGAUAAAAGCCUCUACUAAAAAGCCGAAUAAGUGGGAAUACGUACCUCCGGUAGAGACACCCGAGCGGAGUCAACAUUUGAUGCCAACCGUCAAUCCAAUCUCUUUCCCUUUAGCUCCAAUGUCUGGACGGCAAUCACAACAAGGAAGUUUGACCCAUUUGACAGAGAAAAGCUUGCAACUUUUGGAUGAAGAAUCUACUGCAAAUUCAAAACAAGUAGACUUCGGUAUACUGAAUGAAGCUAUUGAACUAGCCAGAGCAACUGAAGGUGUACUCGACCAUGAUAACUCUGACGAUGAUUUAACAUUAACCACUAGUGACUUUGACAAUACUAUAGAUGAACCCGACUCAGAAGACGAUCGUCGCUCACCUUUAAAAGCUCCCACCAAAAUCCGCCGAGCAGUUCUCGCAGGAAAAGGAAGUCUAAAUAACUUCCAAUGCAUGACAGGUGGAACCGCUUCCAAAGGACCCAAUCCCAACCAACACACCAUUGAAAUUCUAUCCCGAAUGCGCGAGUACUACGAAAGAAUCGGCGACCAAUGGCGAAGCCGUUCUUAUCUCCAAGCAUGCUGCCAACUCAAAAACCAGCUCACUCUCAUCCGCACCUACGACGAAGCCAUUCAAAUUCCCAAAAUCGGAGAACGCAUCGCCAAAAAAAUCGAAGGAAUUGUCCUCACAGGUCGACUCCUCCGUCUCGAAAACGCCGAAGCAGAACCCGACGAUAAAAUCCUCAAAUUAUUCAUGGGUAUCUACGGCGUCAAUUUCAAACUAGCUUCAAAAUGGAUAUCCCAAGGCCAUCGCACCUUUGCCGAUCUAGAACAAAACAUCAAACUUAGCCCCAGCCAACAAAUCGGCAUAACCCAUUACGAAGACCUGCAACUACGAAUUCCCCGCGCCGAAAUCGAAGAAUUGGGUACCCAUAUCACGAAAACAGCACAAUCUCUCGAUCCGGAUAUCGAAAUCACAAUCGGGGGAUCUUAUCGUCGCGGUGCUAAAUCAUCCGGUGAUAUCGAUAUUAUAAUCACGAAAGCUCACACGAUAUCUACAACACAAUUAUUCCCAUUUCUAACCUCUCUCGUGAAAAUUCUCACAGAUUCUCAGUUUCUGGUAGCUGCUCUCGCUGUGCCGCAUAAUAAUGAAGGAUCAAAAUGGCAUGGAUGUUGUGUUUUACCCUCUUCUUCUUCCUCCCCCUCCUCUCCUACUACCCAUAGGGAUCCUCACCACAACCCCUGGCGCCGCAUCGAUUUCCUCAUCGUUCCUUCCACCCAACUCGGCGCUGCACUGAUCUACUUCACCGGUGACGACAUCUUUAAUCGAAGCAUGCGAUUAUUAGCGGGGAAGAAAGGUAUGCGGUUGAAUCAGAGGGGGUUAUUUAAGGAUGUGAUGAGGGGUGGUUGGAGUGGGGGAGGAGAAGGAAAUGAAGUUGGGAGAGGUGGAGGAAGUGGAGGGAGAUGGAACAGUAGAAAGAAAGUUACGGAUGGGAUGUUGGUGGAGGGGAGGGAUGAGAAGAGGAUUUUUGAGAUAUUAGGGGUUCCGUGGAGGGAACCGUGGGAGAGGGUUUUGAGGUGA